AUGAACCGUGCGAUGAAAAAACAGUCGUCAUCGUCGUCGUCGCCGUUGCACACGGCAAUGCAACUCUCGUCGCAGCCGGCAUCGCCUCACACGUGCACCGCGCCACGUCUCAUCGGAUUGCCAAGAUGCGGCUCAUCGAUGGAUCGAAAGGACCAAUCGCCGAUGCUAAGCCCAUCGACGCCACUAUAUCCGAAGCACAGCGAUAGUCUUCAUUCGUUAUCGGGUCGAUCGGAUUGUGACUCAAAGCGAAACAAAAUGAUAAUGGUCCAUUUACCGUUUGACCAGCACUCGAAAGUCGAGGUGCGGCCCGGAGAGACAGUUCGAGAUGCAUUGUCGAAAGUGCUCAAAAAGCGUAAUAUUACACCACAACUUUGUCAUGUAAAUGUUGCGCAAGAUCCAAAAAGCGAAAGUAUAGACCUAUCGGAAACUAUGGAAUCGAUAGCCGCAAGAUUACCCUUGAAUGAGCUUUGGGUGCAUAGCGAGUACUUGAACACUGUUUCAUCCAUAAAGCAUGCAAUUGUGCGAAGGACAUUCAUUCCGCCAAAAUCCUGCGAUGUUUGCAAUAAUCCCAUAUGGAUGAUGGGCUUUCGGUGUGAAUUCUGUCAAUUCAAAUUUCACCAACGAUGCUCAUCAUUUGCUCCAUUAUAUUGCGACUUGCUUCAAUCAGUGCCUAAGAAUGAAGACUUGGCACAAAGGCUGUUAUCAAUUGCAUCACAAGUCAAUGGUCCUGAAAAGACGGUAGCUGAAGUGGUGCUGGCAGGUCUUGCACCAACAAGUGGUCAAAGUCCAGCUGCAACACCUGAUAGUAGUCAUCCAGAUUUAACGAGUAUUAAAAGAGCGGGUUGUGUUAAACGUCAUCCAAUCCAAAUUCCACAGACGGAUUCCACUCAAUUGGCGCCAAGUGGACCUUAUCCGAGGGAUCGAUCAUCAUCAGCUCCAAAUAUUAAUGCUAUUAAUGAUGAGACAAUGGUUCAACAUAAUCAACACAUUCUGGAUACUCUGGAAGCUCAACGAUUAGAAGAAGAAUCGAGGGAUAAGACGGGGUCUCUUUUGUCGACGCAAGCCCGACAACGACCUCAUUUCCAGUCGGGACACAUCCUAUCAGGUUCGACACGAAUGAAUCGUUUGUUACCUCUUGUCGACUGCACACCACUUGGCUCAAAUUCACCGUCAUCGACGUGUUCAUCACCGCCCGGCGGUCUCACCACUUCAUCAGUAACUACUUCAGCUUCGACAACGAGCCAAUUGGUUGCCGCUCAUCUUCAUGCUCUACCGCUGACACCGCCGCAAAGUGCGCCACCUCAGAAAAUCUCGCCGUGCUUCUUUAGGAAUCGAAGUCGGUCUCCCGGGGAGCGAUUAGAUCCCCAGAGGAAUCGAGCACUUCAGCAGAAAGCUCAUCAUGAGGAUUGGGAGAUACAACCAAAUGAGUAUGCGAUUCACAAUAAAGUUGGAUCGGGUUCGUUUGGAACCGUCUACCGAGGAGAGUUUUUCGGAAAUGUCGCCAUCAAGAAGCUUAACGUCGGUCAACCAACACCUUCUCAAAUGGCAGCAUUUAAAAACGAAGUGGCCGUUUUGAAGAAAACACGUCAUUUGAAUGUGCUUUUGUUCAUGGGUUGGGUCCGAGAACCGGAAUUGGCGAUUAUUACCCAAUGGUGCGAGGGUAGCAGUCUUUAUAGGCACAUUCAUGUAGCUGAGCCCAAAGUGGAAUUCGAGAUGAGCUCAAUCAUUGACAUUUUGAAACAAGUCUCGCUUGGAAUGAAUUAUCUGCAUUCGAAAAAUAUUAUUCAUCGAGAUUUGAAGACUAACAACAUUUUCUUAAUGGAUGACAUGACGACCGUGAAAAUCGGUGAUUUCGGUUUGGCGACGGUUAAAACAAAAUGGACAUCAAGCGGAAAGCAGCAGCAACAACCAACCGGAAGUAUUCUGUGGAUGGCGCCGGAGGUUAUUCGAAUGCAAGAUGAGAAUCCGUACACUACCAAAUCGGACGUCUAUUCAUUCGGAAUAUGUAUAUACGAGCUACUUUCCGGACAGCUUCCAUAUUCGAAUAUCAAUAAUCGUGAUCAAAUUUUGUUCAUGGUCGGUCGGGGGUAUUUGCGGCCGGACAUUAGCAAGUUGCGAACAGAUACACCGAGGGCUUUGCUCCGACUCUAUGAGUCGUGUAUCACGUUCAAACGAGAAACAAGACCGGAGUUCGGAGAUGUCCUCGAGAGUCUUCGGUGUAUUGUAUUACCAAAACUCACGCGGUCCCAAUCUUGUCCUAAUGUGCUUCAUAUUGAUGGGCAUUAUAACAUGGAAGAUGUUCUUCGAAAGCAGAUGGCUACUUCUGUGCAUCAUCCUUCUUCACCAUCGGCAAAUGUUGUUGCUCAGAACAGACAAGCUUACUAUAAUGUGUAUGGAUUGAUUUGA